ACACUCGGCAUAUAAGGUGUUACAUAUUUACACAUGAGACAGUGCAUUGGCAUGCGCAUCAUUGGAUGUUUUGUUGUUGCUCCUUUAAUUGUAACUUCUUCGCUUAUGAUUUACAUAUUCAUUGGUGGGAGUAUGUCUCGCUUUAGCUCAUUUUUUUCUCUAAUUUUACCCACAGAACAAGGACACAAGGAUUUCACUCUCUUGGUGUUUAUCAAUCUCUAAAGUCCUGUUUGAUUAUUAGAAUGUAAUGAAUUGAAAAAAAUAAAAUGAAAAUGAACUAAAUCACCAUUUCUUUCAUAAUAAGUAUGAUAAAACUCAUUAAUAUAUAUUACAAAUGUAAAAAUUAUCAUACUUUUCAAAAAUUUAAUAAAUAAUGAUUUUUAAUUUUAUGAACUAAAUUAUCUCUAUUUUUUAUGAAUAUGUUCACUUAUCUUCUUUAAUUAUCUUAUUUUUACCUUUAGUUUUUUAAUACAUUCCAUUCCUUUUUUUAGUAAGUAAAUGGGACCUAAGUUGGUGAAUUAUGAAGGUUUGCCAGGAUUAUGCAAGUAAGAUUGAACCUCUUAUUGUCUACACCCUUCUUCUAUGUUUCUGUAGUCCACAGGUACUCUGUAGUUAUAGUUUACGCAUGCUUAUUUUUGGUGGUUUCGGUGGAAAUGGAGUAACUGUUAUUUGGAUUAUUCAUUUUGCCGCCUUGGGUACAAGUGUUGGAUCUGGCAGAAUUGUCCAAUGUUAGGAUCAAGUCCUAUUAUUGAUUUUUUAGUUGGAUCCGCAGCUGGAGGCAGUUCAGUUCUAUGUACAGAUCCUCUAGAUCUUGCUCGUGCAAAACUUGCUUAUAAGGCAGGGAUCUCCACUAAACAUUUUGACCCAUCUGAAAGAUGGAAUUGUUUGUGUCUUGCAAUCAAAGUCUUUGUCAAAAUAUUAUGGGUGAUAGACGCGAUAGGAAGUAUAAGAGACGGCAUGAAAGACGUUCUUUCUCAACCAGCACAUAAUGGAAUUAAAAGUGUGCUUACAAGUGCCUACAUGGAAGGGGGAGUUUAUGGUCUUUAUAGAGGUCUAGGUAUGUAUAUGCCAGGAUUUAGCCAUAAAAUUUUAUUGGUCCAUUUCAUGUUAAGCAUUAAUGGCUAUUGAUAAAGAAUGCUUUUGUCGCUAGCAGUAUCCCCCUAAAUUGUUUUGAUGGUAUAUACAAUUACAUGAUUAGUUUUUAGUGUUUAUAUAGACUAUGAAGAAUUCAAUUUUUGCUCAAAAAGAAUAUGAAGAAUAAGGAGAUUCAGGAUCAAAGAUCACUCCUCUGCUCAACUUUGCUUGGGCUUGGGCGAGGUAGAGGAGAUGCUGCUGCUAACCACAGUAGUAAUCUUACUUUUGUCAAAAUUAAAGUGGGCACUGCUGGCAAUUCUGUUCAUGCAUGAACCAGUAGGUGCUGCUGUUAUCAGACGCCACGAUCAUGGUUGGGAGCUUGGAAUUUCCGAGAAAAACCUUGAUAAAUCCAAGGAAAUGGCGGAGAUCCAAGUGCUCUGUCAUGCUCUCAAUCAUUGCUGGACGAAAGGUUUCAAGAAAGUUGUGGUAUCCAUUAGUUGUCCUUACAUUUACAAUCUCCUAACUAGGGAACUGUCUCUCUCCGGUCAAACCCUGCAGACACUGCUCAAUGAAGCCAGGAAACUCAUCGUCCAGGAUUGGAAUGAGGAGCUUUUGUUCUCUUGUAAUGUUUUUUCUAAUCCUAUGAAAGAGAUUAUUAAAUUAGACUCUUUUUUGUGUGUGGAUACAACGGAAAAAAGAUUAGACUCUUUUUGCACUAGUUCUUCUAGUGCCUUUUACCA